AUGUCGCCCAAGCAGACCCCCCAGCAGGCCCAGCAGGCCCAGCAGGCCCAGCAGGCUCAGCAGGCCCAGCAGGCCCAGCAGACCCCCGAGCAGGCCCAGCAGGCCCAGCAGGCCCAAGCUCACCACCAGUCCAAGGCCCCCCAGCUCAUGACGGGUUCCGACGCCUCGCGUAUCCAGGACACGCAGGCCAAGGCCGGCGGCGACAUGGGUCCCGGUGGCUUCGCCCACCGCGCGGCGGCGGCUGGUGAAAAGAACGACCAGGCCCGGGCCGCCAAGGGCGACGGCCAGGCCAAGAAGUAG